AUGCGCAAUCUUCUGAAGAAUUGUUUGCUGCUUCUAUUUCUGCUAAUCAUUUCGAUAACUGAUGUCAAAGGAGGAUUUCAAAUUAUUUGCGCAGAUAAGUCACCGCAUUGUAAACGGAGAAGUGAUAUGUGUCAAAGUAAUGCAUUUCACAGUGUCAUGCAAUCAGUUUGUAAAAAGACGUGCGGUCUGUGUGAAGAUAAUCCGAAAAGUGACAUUCUGGAUCAGUACCGACAUAAGAAAGAAUCUGAUAUAGAAGUUGUUGAUGUGGAAGAUGGUGAAGAUAAAGAUAAUUUCGAGUAUUCUGAAUCAGAAACAACUACUGAUCAAGUGGAAGAAGAGGGAGAGGGAGAGGGAGAGGGAGAGGAAGAAAUUGUGGAAGAGUUACUGGCUACAUUGUCAUCCACAGUUAUGCCACAUUCCGUAACAAAAAACUGGAAACAAACUGUAUGCGUUGAUUCAUCAACAGAUUGUGAAGGCAAACGAUAUUUGUGCAACGAACGAAUGUAUGCAUAUCUGAUGCGUAGAGAAUGUCCAAGAACGUGUGGCUUAUGUCACUCAGGUUAUCGACCAGGAACACCCAAUCAAAUCGUUGAUGGCAUAACAAAGGAUGUGACAAGGUGUCGAGAUGUGGCACCGGACUGCAACCAGUCACUGUGCAACCACCGGACUUACCGGCCACUCAUGCAGACCGUCUGCAAGAGGACCUGCUCGUCGUGUCACCUGGAUGACACUUAA